CUAUGCAGGACAGCACGGAGCGAACACAGCCAGACUGCAGCAGUUUUGGUGAAAUUCAGUGAAAGUCUGCCUCUCAAAAAGAACAAAUCCAGCGCAAAUAUUGCAAAUAUUUUCAAUAUAUUUUUGGAACAAUAUUCGCAGUGAAAAAUUAAAAUUUUUUGGUGCAGUUUAAAUUUAUUUUGGUUCAUUUUGCCGGACGAACAACAAUCAGCUGCAUGGGCGCAGCUGGCUUCAUCUUUGUGGCAAACGGGAGUUUCCAGCUCCCAGUUCCCGUCAGAGCAGUUGAUUCUUUCAGGUUUCUGAGCGGAUGAGGACCGGCCGUCUGCGCCGACGUCAAAAUCAGCAGCAGCAGCAGCAACAGCAGCAGCAACAGCAGCAGCAGCAACAGCAGCAGCGGCAACAGCAGCGGCAACAGCAGCGGCAGGCAGUGGCUGUAUCUUCCCCGAGACUUGGAGACUUUUAAACGCUUUUAGCUCAUGUGCUAAAACACAAAAAAAAAAAAAACAAAAAAUACUCGCUCUUCUCGGUGUCGCGUCGCUCGGAACUACGUCAGAGCUACGUCGUCCGGAGGAGACUCCAGAGAUUGUAGAGGCAACAGAACAGCACAGCACAGAGCAGAGCUGAACAGCCAAAAAGGUAAACAAAAACCUGUGCGCGUGUUGUGUAUCAAUACCCGUAAAAGACCGGCCCGGCCGCCGUCAAGGCCUUCUUCUACGACAGAAGGCGGCGUGUGACGUCAUGGCGCGCUGCUCACGCCCACAACUGGCACCCAUGCUCUCGGCCAUGUGGCAGCACUGCAAGCUACUCUGCCUGCUGGUCGUGUUUCUGCUGCUCUGCGAAACAGUCCAUUGCAAUCCGGACGCCAAGCGGCUCUAUGACGAUCUGCUGAGCAACUAUAAUCGCCUCAUUCGACCCGUCAGCAAUAACACGGACACGGUGCUGGUCAAGCUGGGUCUGCGGCUGUCGCAACUCAUCGAUUUGAAUCUGAAAGAUCAAAUUCUAACGACGAACGUCUGGCUGGAGCAUGAAUGGCAGGAUCAUAAAUUCAAAUGGGAUCCCUCCGAAUAUGGCGGAGUUACCGAGCUUUAUGUGCCCUCCGAGCACAUCUGGCUACCCGACAUUGUUCUCUACAAUAAUGCCGAUGGGGAGUAUGUGGUAACCACCAUGACCAAGGCCAUACUCCAUUACACGGGCAAAGUGGUGUGGACACCGCCUGCCAUUUUCAAAUCCAGCUGCGAGAUUGAUGUCCGCUACUUUCCGUUCGAUCAGCAGACCUGCUUUAUGAAAUUCGGCUCCUGGACCUAUGAUGGUGAUCAGAUCGAUUUGAAGCACAUCAGCCAGAAGAACGACAAGGACAACAAAGUGGAGAUUGGCAUUGAUUUGCGCGAGUAUUAUCCCAGUGUCGAGUGGGACAUAUUGGGCGUGCCAGCGGAGCGGCAUGAGAAAUAUUAUCCGUGCUGUGCCGAACCGUAUCCGGAUAUCUUCUUCAACAUUACACUGAGGCGAAAGACUCUGUUCUACACGGUUAAUCUGAUCAUUCCGUGCGUGGGCAUCUCCUACCUGUCGGUGCUCGUUUUCUAUCUGCCCGCGGACUCUGGCGAAAAGAUUGCGCUCUGCAUCAGCAUUCUGCUCUCACAGACCAUGUUCUUCCUGCUCAUAUCCGAGAUUAUACCCUCAACGUCGCUGGCCCUGCCGCUGCUGGGAAAGUACCUACUCUUCACCAUGUUGCUGGUGGGGCUGAGCGUCGUCAUUACCAUCAUUAUACUCAAUAUACACUAUCGGAAGCCGAGCACCCACAAGAUGCGGCCCUGGAUACGCUCGUUCUUCAUCAAGCGGCUGCCCAAGUUUCUGCUGAUGCGUGUCCCCAAGGAUUUGCUGCGUGAUCUGGCCGCUAAUAAGAUCAAUUACGGCCUGAAGUUCAGCAAGUCGAAGUUCGGCCAGGCCCUGAUGGAUGAGAUGCAAAUGAACUCGGGCGGCUCCAGUCCGGACUCCAUUCGGCGCAUGCAAGGCCGUGUCGGGGUGGGGGGAUGCACUGGCAUGCAUGUUACCACGGCCACCAACAGAUUCAGCGGCCUGGUGGGCGCUUUGGGUGGCGGCCUCAGCACAUUGAGCGGCUACAACGGCCUGCCAUCGGUGCUGUCCGGCCUGGACGACUCUUUGAGCGAUGUGGCGGCACGCAAAAAGUAUCCUUUCGAGCUGGAGAAGGCCAUCCACAACGUCAUGUUCAUACAGCAUCACAUGCAGCGGCAGGACGAGUUCAAUGCGGAGGAUCAGGAUUGGGGCUUUGUGGCCAUGGUCAUGGAUCGGCUCUUUCUGUGGCUCUUCAUGAUCGCGUCGCUGGUGGGCACAUUUGUGAUCCUGGGCGAGGCACCCUCGCUGUACGACGACACCAAGGCCAUUGAUGUCCAGCUGUCGGAUGUUGCCAAGCAAAUCUACAAUCUAACCGAGAAGAAGAAUUAAAUUCAUAAAUGAAACUGAAUCUAAAUCCUAACCCUAAGUUGAUUUCGUAGCUUAAUGUUUUCAAAUUAAAAUUAAUAUACAAGCAAAAUACAAAUAAAAUAAAAAACAAAAUUUGUUGGCCCCA